CGGAGGAGAAACCAAACCUUGCGUGUGUAUCCGCAAGGGAUUUUGGAAGAAGAAAGAAAGAGAGAUCUGAAUGGAGAAGAAGAAGGUAUGGUUUUGGGGUGUGAAAGACGACAGCGAAAGAGGCGGAGGCGGAGGCGGAAGAGCCAAAGAUGCGGAGGAUGAUGUUGCUGAUCAUUUGUCUCGCGACGGGACGAUGAGCCAGUAUAGCCUUAGCAAAGGCCUUCUUCCUUCUCUUGGAGCCAACAAUCGUUCCUCUCGUGACGUCAUUCUCCGUCGCUUCAUUAUCUCUCCUUUCGAUCCUCGUUACAGAGCGUGGGAGACGUUUUUGGUAUUUUUGGUGCUCUACACAGCUUGGGCAUCACCUUUUGAAUUCGGGUUUCUACAAAAGCCAAGACCACCUCUCAGUAUUCUCGAUAACAUCGUCAACGGGUUUUUCGCUGUUGAUAUAAUCUUGACAUUCUUUGUUGCCUUCUUGGACAAGGUAACUUAUCUCCUUAUCGAUGAUCCAAAGAGAAUAGCUUGGAGAUAUGCGUCGACUUGGCUGAUUUUCGAUGUGGUUUCCACAUUUCCUUACGAAAUUUUUGGGAGUUUGCUUCAUGAGAGUAUUCAGGGAUAUGGUAUUUUCAGUAUGCUACGUUUAUGGCGUCUUCGGAGGGUUAGUAAUUGUUUUGCCAGGUUAGAGAAAGACAGGAAAUACAGUUACUUUUGGGUUCGCUGCACGAAGCUUCUCCUUGUUACUCUUUUUGUGAUUCAUUGUGGUGCUUGUUUCCUCUAUUCCAUUGCUGCGCAUUACCCUGACCCUUCCAAGACAUUUAUGGCAUUAACCGAUGAAAAUUGGAAACAGUCUCCUAUUGCGGUGCGGUAUAACACGGCAAUGUAUUGGUCCAUAACUACUUUCUCCACAACUGGUUAUGGUGAUAUACAUGGUGUUAACUCAAGAGAGAUGACUUUCAUUCUUUUCUACAUGGUUUUUAAUCUUGGAUUAUCAGCAUAUAUAAUUGGUAAUAUGACCAACUUGGUGGUUCAUGUCACCGGCCGCACCAGAAAAUUUAGAGAUACCAUCCAAGCCGCCUCGGGGUUUGGUCAGAGGAACAAUCUGCCAGUGCGCUUGCAAGAUCAGAUGGUUGCUCAUUUGUGUUUGAGGUACAGAACUGAUUCAGAAGGCUUACAGCAGCAAGAAAUCAUCGAUUCCCUUCCCAAAGCUAUUCGGUCCAGCAUAUCGCAUUACCUGUUCUAUGAAGUUGUUGACAAAAUCUACUUGUUCCAUGGAAUCUCCAAUGAUCUUCUUUUCCAGUUGGUCACUGAAAUGAAAGCAGAGUAUUUUCCUCCCAAAGAAGAUGUGAUUUUGCAGAAUGAAGCACCAACAGACUUCUACAUAUUGGUGACCGGAGCUGUUGACAUAAUUGCACGAGUAAAUGGAGUGGAGCAGGCAAUUAGUGAAGCACAGAGAGGAAAUGUUUUUGGUGAAGUUGGGGUACUAUGUUACAGACCGCAGCUGUUUACUGUUCGUACCAAGCGAUUGAGUCAGUUGCUUCGUCUGAACCGGACAGUACUCUUAAAUCUUGUACAGGCAAAUGUAGGAGAUGGAGCAAUAAUCAUGAAUAAUCUUCUUCAGCAUUUAAAAGACUCAGAAGAUCCAGUGAUGAAAGGCGUUUUGGCUGAUACAGAACACAUGUUGGCUCAAGGGAAAAUGGAUUUACCCCUCAGCUUGUGCUUUGCUGCAGCCAGAGGAGACGAUUUAUUGCUGCAUCAGUUACUAAGACGCGGCUCAAGCCCUAAUGAAAUGGAUAAGGACGGGCGAACUGCGCUGCAUAUAGCAGCAUCAAAAGGAAGCCAUUAUUGCGUCGUUUUACUUCUCGAACAUGGAGCAGAUCCUAACAUUAGAGAUUCAGAAGGUAAUGUACCCUUGUGGGAAGCAAUCAUAGGAAGACAUCGCGAAAUUGCUAAACUCCUUGCAGAGAAUGGAGCAAAGCUAAGCUUAGACUCAGUGAGCUAUUUCUCGGGCUUAGCCGUGGAAAAGAACAGCUUAGACGCACUCAAAGACAUCAUCAAAUAUGGCGGCGACGUCACACUCCCUGAUGGAAACGGAACCACAGCCUUACACAGAGCAGUCUCAGAAGGACACUUGGAGAUUGUGAAAUUCUUACUAGACCGAGGUGCUGAUUUGGACAGGCCGGAUUCUUACGGAUGGACUCCUCGUGGUCUUGCCGACCAUCAAGGGAAUGAAGAUAUAAAAACCUUGUUUCAUAAUCAUAGGCCCGUGGAGAAGAAACCAAAACCUGUCCCUGGAAUACCUCAGAGUCCUGUGACAGGGAAGCCAUUGAUGAAGUAUAGCAGUGAACCUACAAUGCAUUCAGGAGAACUCGUCUUAGACGGAGGUCAGGUUGUGGUUUCUCAGAGAAAGAAACUCAAUAACUUCAGAAACUCGCUCUUCGGAUUCAUUUCAGCUGCAAAUACCGCUGACGAUGGAGGAGAAGCUUCAAGAAGCCCAGCAUUGCCAGGAGGAGGAGGAAGUAUGUUUUAUCCGUCGAGAGUGACUAUUAGUUCGCCGGAAAACAGGGAAACUGGUGGAAAAGUGGUAUUGUUACCAACAUCUAUGGAAGAGCUAUUGAAAAUUGGUGAAGCUAAGAUGGGUUUCGUCCCAACUAAAGUACUUACGAGAGACGGAGCCGAGAUUGACGACAUCACUCUUAUCAGAGAUGGCGAUUUUCUCCUUCUUUCAAGGGAUCCUUGAUUCACACGCAACUCUCAUUCCUUUUUGAGAAAAAACAAAUAUUUGUCUUAACG